AAUGAAAGGUUUAGGAGUUUUUCUGAUUGGAAUAUACAUUGCAAUAUAUGGAAUAUCGUUAUUGACAGACCCUUGGACAUAGUUGCAUUAUGACAGAUCUGUUCGUUAAUUAGGAAUGAAAAAUCUUUAAUAAUUUGUUUCAUUAAGUUUAAAAGUUAGAUCAUUAUAUGGAUUUGCCCAUAUAUUUGCAGGAUAUUGUCUAAUGAAUAAGUAUAAUUUAUUAUUAAAUAGUUAGAAUAUCAUCGAUGAAAUUAAUUAUUAGUUGUAUAUUUGCAAUUGAUAUUAUAAUUCAAACAGGAUUUUAAUCAAUUCACUAAAUUUUUUAAGAUGUAAUUUUAAUUGGAAUAGUCAAUUAUGUUUGA